AUGGAUUUCGGCGACGCGGGUGACGAGGACUUUCAAUUUGGCACUUUACCGGAAGAUGAUGAGCACGAAAUUCGGGACGAGAUCGAUGCCGUCAACGAGGAGACGUUCGGCGGGGAUAUCGGUCCCCUGAAUUCCGAGCUUUCCGAAUAUGCGACGCAGACGGCUUCUUUGCGGCUGGAUGAAUGGGAUCGGCCUGGAUGCUCCAGUGGAGCAGCCCCUGAAGCUUCUCAACUUCCUAUGCCCUUCGAUUUCGAUGGUUUCGAUACUUCGGCCACCAGAAAUAACCAGACUUUUCCUGAUCUCAGCCGAAUCUGGGAGGGCUCGUUGCCGCCUAGUUAUAACCUAUGGGGUCCCGGCACCACGACUUCUCAGCGAGCGGAUGACUACGACGUGCUGAAGGCUUCUCUCGACAGCACGAGCAUAGCGAACUCGUCCGCCGGCAAUUUUCUAUCUUCAAUUGGAGCUGAUGAUCUUGGCCGUUGGGGCGCGAGCUCGGCGUGGAAUUCGGCGCCGAGCCCUAACGUCUAUGCAACGAGAUCCAAUACAAGCAAAGCGCUGCACAGCAUGUAUCAACCCAGCAUGCCCGUUACGAUAGAGGAGGCCAGAGCGCAAGCGCAACCUUCCUCACGCGUACCAGACCCUCGAUUGGAACAACCAGCUGUAACAGUGCCUCGAGCCUCCGGAUUGCCUAAUUUGCCCAAAGGAGCAAUGAGCGCCGAUGAACUCGAGCGGCAAUUCCUCAACGAAAGCCAGAAAUCGAAAACGGCAGCCCAGCCGGCAGCCUACGAUAUGGUCGCCAUGCUCAACUCGUUGCCAAAGGCCCAACCACCUCAACGCGCCCAACCAGAGACCCGAGUGAAUGAUCAGCACCCGCAACAACCUCCGCAGCCGCCCCCGCACCAAAAGCAGUACAUCCAGCAAGAUCCGCGCCGUUUCCUCCCACCGCAUCUAGCUGGUCAACAUCCCAUGCAACACCCGCCGCCAAUGCCACCCCACAUGCGUGGGCCACCCAUGGGACAUCCGUUCGGACCUGGAAUGGUACCUCCGCUUCCCCCGUUGCCGCAAUGCCCCCCUCAUCUCGCCCAUUUCAUGCCGGCCUGGCUGGAGGUGAUGUCCGGGAAACGACCAAUGCUUCCGCACGGUGUGCCUCCCGUUCCUCCGAUCAUCGUCCAGUACUUCAGACAGUUGCACGAGUGGAGAAUGAUGGCGCGAAUGGGAGGGCCACCGAUGGGUUUCCCACCACACCCACCUCCGCAUAUGCAACCGCAUCCCGAUUUCCUAAGACGCGCUGGCACGCCCAACCGUCAUGUGGUGCCUGGAAUGCCCUCCGGCAAAACGAUCGAGGAUUUUGCGUUCGAGCCCUUUGCUGGCUUCAUGUCGUGCAAGGAGCGAGAAUGGCUCGUCAAGAUUCAACUCAUUCAAUGCCAGGGCAGCGGCAACCCGUACGAUGACGAUUUCUAUUAUGCGAAUUGGCGUGACAAACAACUGGCCGCCGGCUGGAAACCUGGACAGAAAAAGGAAGAAGCCGUUUCUGAGCGAGAAGAACGUGGAAGGCGCUACAGGGAAAAGCGCGAAACAGAGCGCCAAUCGGCUAAUGGUACUCCGAAUAUGCGGGAUCGUGACGAGCGUCGCGAAGAUCGUGACAAAGACAAGAAAGAAAAACUGCCCUUUUUCGCGGGCUCGCUCGGAAAACCCGUAUCGUCGACGGUCUACAAUCCAAGAAUGCUUAUCGACGUUCGAAAAGACGAAACUGAAGAAGAUGGUGCAAAGGCGGCACAGGCUGCGGUAACGCAGAAGAAGCUGCGCACCAUGCUGUUGCGUCUCGAAAGCGCGGCGGCUAUGCUAAUCGAAUGUCAGGAGAAGAAACGACAGCUUACCGAAGUUCCGACCAACGAGAGAGUGGUGCUUGAGAACAGCGUGCUGCACUUUUACAACCUCAUCUAUAAGGAGUUGUUCACUGCGGAACACUUGACGAAAACGUUGCAGCUGAGCAAGGGCCGUUCGUUGUGGAAGAAGUACGUCUUCGAACUGCCAUGCCAAAGCUACAGAGCCGACCAGAUCUGCCGCAUCGUGCCUGUAGUCACCUUGUUCAACGCGUCUUCGACAUUUUCGAAGAAAUUGUGGGCUGAGCUAUCCGCUGACCUCUGCCCGGGGAUCAGCCGAUAUCUGAAUGAACAGACGUCUCGCGACGAGUUGAUCAGCCUAAUCGCUGGAAUCGACACCGCGAGCGUGUUGAAGGGGAUUAAUGAGAAGAAUUCGUUCACCCGCGAUCUUCUCGUCACGUUAUUCUUGUGGUGCGCCCGUCGCAAAGUGGUCACCCAGGACGGGAUUUUCCAAUUUCUUCGGUCAACGGCCGACUGUUCUUGGGAUGGAGCUGGAUGGGUCAGCACACUCUCCCAACUCAUCACCACGCUUCAACUAAACCGCGAGGACCUCGCCAAUUUUUCUUCUUGGCUCACCUACUUGGCAGACACCCCCUCGUCACAAACUCCCGCCACUUGCCUUGCCAAUCUCAAGCACGCCUACCUCAACCCUCAUGAGCACUUCGGGCGCCAGAACAUCUGCAGGGCUGCUUUGGCGACGUAUGCUGCUGCCUACUUUGCUUUGAAGUGGAGGGGACAGAAGAAGGCCAAGGCUCUGGAGAUCGAGAAGCAGCGUGAACGCCAGAACGUCGUCAGCGAUGCCCUCGCCCGCGCCGGCCUCGCC